UCGAGAAAGCAACACUAUCCUUUGUCUUCCUCUCCCAAAUCUCUUUGUUCCUUCUUCUUUUCAUUUCUUCUCUUUCUCUCUUUGUUUUUCAUCACAAUGGAAAACAUUGGCGAAGAGUACAACCAUUAUUGGGAAACCACCAUGUUUCUCCAAACUGAAGAGCUAGAUCACAGUUGGGGUGGUGGGUUAGAAGAUGCGGCGUUUUCUGGGGACUACGACUCGAGCUCGCCGGACGGGGCUGCAUCGUCGGCGGCAUCUAAGAAUAUUGUGUCGGAGAGGAAUAGGAGGAAGAAGCUCAAUGAAAGGUUGUUUGCCCUUAGAGCAGUGGUACCCAACAUUAGCAAGAUGGACAAAGCUUCUAUAAUCAAGGACGCAAUUGAAUAUAUCCAAGAGCUUCAUGAACAGGAAAGAAGAAUACAAGCUGAAAUAAUUGAGCUAGAAUCAAAUAAUAAAGGAAGUAAGAAGAAUUUGGGUUAUGAUUUUGAUCAAGAAUUGCCAAUUUUGUUGAGAUCAAAGAAGAAGAAGAUUGAUCAACAACCAUAUGAUUCAAGUGGAUCAAGAUGUAGUGGUUCUAUUUCCCCAAUUGAAGAUCUUGAGCUAAGAGUGACAUAUAUGGGAGAGAAGACUUUGGUGGUUAGUUUAACAUGUAGUAAAAGGACGGACACAAUGGUCAAGCUGUGUGAGGUGUUCGAAUCUUUGAAGCUCAAAAUUAUUACAGCUAAUAUUACUGCUUUUUCUGGGAGGCUUUCCAAAACAGUCAUCAUUGAGGCUGAUGAAGAUGAGAAAGAGCAUUUAAAGAUCAAAAUUGAGACGGCCAUCGCAGCCCUAAAUGAUCCACGAAGUCCUAUGAGCAUUUGAAUAUAUAUAUAUAUAUAAAUGUCAUGUGUGAGGUUUCCUUACGCUACAUCAAUUUUCUUUCACCACCACUAGUCUCUUGGUUGGGGUUUUUGAUGUUUCCCAAGUGUUUUUCCUUAAUGAAGAAAAACCCCUUUGGUUUCUAAUUCUGGGAAAUUCCAUCACCAUAUUUUGUUUUCUGUCCUUUUUGUUUUUUUGUUUAAUUUUUGGGUCAAAAUCAUCACUAUGUUAACUGGUACAUUAUAAAUUAUAUAAUUAUAUGCAUCUGUCAUAGACGAUAA